AUCCUCUCAGCCUCGGGUCGCCUGUGUCCAGUAGCAUGCAAAAUAUGUUAACCCUUCUUUCUAACGCGUUGUGUAGGAUAACUGGCAAGAAUGUGGCGGCCCAAACAGUGUCAGAGUUGCUGAUUGACCUGUCAGAGUACGUCAAUCUAACAUCAUCUGCGGCGCCUGUCAUGCCAACUACCCAGCGGCAACCACCUAAACCACCACCAGGAACCAGAGUAGUGGUCUCUUCCCGUUCCUACGCCGAUUUCACUCCACAGGCUUCGUUUGACAUUAAGAAAUGCGAGUUGCACCGUUUGGAGGAGGGACCACCGCUGAAGGCGGAAAUGACCCGUGAGCAGGGCCUGCACUACUACCGCACCAUGCAAACCAUUAGACGCAUGGAGCUCAGAGCAGACCAGCUAUACAAACAAAAGAUCAUUAGGGGAUUCUGUCACCUCUAUGAUGGACAGGAAGCAUGUGCCAUGGGCAUCGAGGCAGCCAUCAACCCCACAGACCACCUGAUCACAGCGUACCGCGCCCACGGGUACACCUUUACACGAGGCGUGGCUGUCAAGGAGAUCCUGGCUGAGCUCACAGGGCGUAAAGGAGGUGUGGCCAAAGGGAAGGGUGGUUCUAUGCAUAUGUAUGCCCCGCAAUUCUACGGAGGCAAUGGCAUUGUAGGUGCACAGGUUCCACUGGGAGCAGGGAUUGCCUUGGCCUGCCAGUACCAAGGCAAUAACCAGGUGUGUGUGACACUCUACGGUGACGGAGCAGCCAAUCAGGGCCAGAUCUUUGAGUCAUUCAACAUGGCUGCCCUAUGGAAGUUGCCGUGCAUCUUCAUCUGCGAGAACAACAAGUAUGGCAUGGGGACGUCAGUGGAGAGGGCCUCAGCCAGCACAGAUUAUUACAGGCGAGGAGACUUUAUACCAGGACUCAGGGUGGAUGGAAUGGACCUGCUGUGUGUGAGGGAGGCCACCAAGUUUGCAGCAGACUUCUGCAGAGCCGGCAAGGGCCCCAUUCUCAUGGAGCUGGAGACCUACCGUUACCAUGGACACAGCAUGAGUGAUCCCGGGGUCAGCUAUCGAACCCGUGACGAGAUCCAGGAAGUGCGAAGCAAGAGUGACCCCAUUUCCAUGCUGAAGGAGCGCAUGCUGAGCACCAACAUGGCCUCUGCUGAGGAAUUCAAGUUAAUGGAUGUGGAGAUUCGCAAGGAGAUAGAGGAAGCGGCUCAGUUCGCCACAUCAGACCCAGAACCGCCCUUGGAUGAGCUCUGCAAUCACAUCUUCUACAACGAGCCGCCCCUGGAGGUCCGCGGCACCAACCCCUGGGCCAGCCUAAAGUCUGUUAGCUAGGAAAGCGUAUGCACAUAUCUCUCAAACACACACACACACACACACGCACACAGUUGUAGUCCAACCCCUUACCAUAGCUGAUUACUGAGAGUUUGAGUCCAAUGUGUGAGACAUCAUUUUGACGAAAGAAAAAAGCUUCCUGAGAUGCAUCCUUUUUUGGUCCUGUGUGACGUUUUUCAGAUUUAAAGUGGUAGGAAGAAGACCAGAGCCAGGCUUCUGGUCCUCUUUGUGUUUUGUUUAAGGUCCAAAACAGAUACUGGAAGCAGCAAAAAACAUUUUUACAGAUUAAUCACAGCACCACCAAAUCGAAAUUCUGGUUAUUGUCUCCGUUAUCAUCCCACCAUAUGCUGUUAAGCAGCACUUCCAUGCACGGCGUCCCCCAACAAUACAUGUGAGACGUGUAAUGCAGUUUGGUUCAGGAGGCAUCAGGGAGUCCCGGCUCCAGGCUAAUUUCCCAUCUCUUCCUCUCACUCCCUGCUGUGGUCAACCUUUCUAAAACAAGGGGGAUCGUGUCCGCCAAAGAAGUAGCUGUUGUUUGGGACAUGUAUUAGGUCGCUUUACAUUCCAGCAGUCAUGUUCCAAGUGCCGCCAUCAGUCUUCUCCCCUAAAUGAUGAUCUCAUCUUGGAAUCAAACAUUUCCAUUUGAAAUGCUUCCGAAUGUGAAGGAAGCACUCAGCACUACUGAUUAUUCCCCUCGAGCCGUGUUUUAAGCAAACGCACAGAGACGUUUAACCGUCCCCGACCCCCUGCAACCUUAGCGUUCAGCAGCAUUCCGCACCUUACGGGACGUGCCCUCGACCUUUUUAGCAGUGUUAAGUAAUUAUUUAUUUAUAUAGUGUAUUAGUUUACAGUUUAGUUAGUUUACAACCCUUUUAUUUAACAUCCCUCUGAGUUCUGUUUGCAUGGUGGGACGAGACUUUUCCAGUGAGGAAGAGAAGAUUAGAGUCACAUUGUGUGUGAGUCGAAUAAUGAGUCAUUUGGCAGGCCUCUUGAGCAAGCUGCAGGAGUGGGAGUUGUUGGCUCCAGUCACAGGUUUGACAUGUUCAUCGCGUUCGCACCAUCGUCGGGUCACUCUGUGUUAAAUCCAGAAAUGUUUGGUCAUUGUUACCGGGCUGUUUAGGAAGAUCUGCCAUUCUUCUCUAGACACUGGUCUCACAGUCCCUCAAGCUGUAACAGUUGUCUAAGAUCUGCCAUUCUUCUCUAGACACUGGUCUCACAGUCCCUCAAGCUGUAACAGUUGUUUAAGAUCUGCCAUUCUUCUCUAGACACUGGUCUCACAGUCCCUCAAGCUCUAACAGUUGUUUAAGAUCUCCCAUUCUUCUCUAGACACUGGUCUCACAGUUCCUCGAGCUCUAACAGUUGUUUAAGAUCUGCCAUCCUUCUCUAGACACUGGUCUCACAGUUCCCCGAGCUCUAACAGUUGUUUAAGAUCUGCCAUUCUUCUCUAGACACUGGUCUCACACUCCCUCAAGCUCUAACAGUUGUUUAAGAUCUGCCAUUCUUCUCUAGACACUGGUCUCACAGUCCCUCAAGCUCUAACAGUUGUUUAUGUUCCUUCUCCGGCGUUCUGAUGUUCUGAAAAAACACAAAGAACGUGGAGGAAGUUUCUUCAGAAACCCUCACCAUGUUACAGUGUGGAAGUUAUUAAUUUGGAUCUGUGAUAUCCGUGCUUCGAAAGAAGUGAGCGCUUUGCUAAUUCUCGUGGUGUAGGUCUGAAUAUCUGAAAGACGCCUAAGAUGAACACAAAAGUUGUCACGCUCGAGAAACCGUAAAGUUGCUCAUAUGGGGGGUGGUACGAUGGUCUCACGGUCAGAGAGACCGUCUCCAUGGUGACCAGUGCCGGGUCUACAAACCAGCGUGUGUCCUGUUGAAGUGCUGUAUCAACGAGGCUGUGACCUUCCCACUCAGGGUCAACUCCGGAUAAAUGACGGAAUAGCUUCAUCUAGUCGAGAGAGUGUUAGACUGGGUCAUUUUAUCUUCCUUUAUCUGUUGACACAAUAACAUGUUGGUUUUGGGACGUACCAACGUGUGGUACGUGUCAGUGCACUUCUGAUCCAGCAGUAGAAUGAUACAGGCUGGUCUUGGUAUAUUUUUGUAGUCCUUGGCUAGGUGAGUAACAUGUGGUGCACCACAACGGGGGACAACAUUUCUCAAAUCUUCCUCCUGACCCAGACGGCCUGAAUUCACACUAGCGUUGCACUUUAGAGAAGCCGUAAAGAGGAAGCGCCGAACUUUACACAAGUACCAAAAUGAAUUGUAGAUGACUCGCUUUGCUCGUCUCGCCUCCCUCCCUGUGCUGCUGGGAAGUUUACUGUGAGCUGCCGUUGUGUUACUGGCCACACACUUGCAAAGAUGUGAAACUCUAUUUAGCUAUGUACGUGUAACUUCUUUGGUGGAGAGAUUGCUUUGAUGUGGAUGUGAGAAUAAAGUUGGAUUU